AUGGCAAGCUAUCUCCCAAUUGACGGGACUCGUUCAUUUCCGUCUCCUUACCUCGAAGGCAUGGAGAGCGGCAAGUCGCUGGGCCUUACUUGCCGUUCGAGUAAGAUGCACGGGGUGGGAUUCUUCCUCGACAGUUGGCGUCCACAGAACCAGAAGCCGCUUCUCUCAGCGAACAAAGACGAGGAGCUUAAGGGCAGAGUGAUUGCCAAGAUUCUCCGUUUGAAGGACAAGGGGGUGGUCUGGUAUGCUCAGCAAGUCUCGGAUCUGCAAGCGGCCGAGGGCGACACCGUUCGCUUCCUCUUCUUCGUCGACGGGUCGAUGCAGAUGUGGGACAGCAGCCGCCAGAGUCCGUAUGGCGUCUACUCGGUGGCAUACGAGGACCACAAGGACGAUAGAUGGUCGCUAGAACUGAGCCACGAACUCCACGAGCUUGACGGGCGGCUCACACUGAUCCACAUCCCCGACCACAAGGGCGACGUCGUCGGACGUAAGAUUGCAGACGCUGCUGCGUAUAACGCAAGUGGCAAAGCCGCCGCCGUAGCAGCUGCCCUGAAGGAGGCAGAGCCCUCAAAAGCCCCUUUCCGGCCCAAGGACAUCAACAAAGAUUGCUCCAAGGAGUUGACGCAUCACGCCGGAAUUUGGUCCGUCCCGUAUCGUCGCGGUGCCGACCCCGUCUUCGAGUUCAUGCGGCCUUUGACAAUGGAGCAGAGGAAGAAUAUGAAACAGCCUAAGCGACUGAUGAUACUGCAGGCUGAAAACCGCUUUGGUCUUCGCAAGAAGAAGGAGAUGAAGAGACUCAAGGAAGAGGUGGGGAGAUGGGUGUGGGAAGUUCAAGAACGGUACUCGUCGGGGCCUCGAACUCGCCGGCUCAACAAAGCGUCAAGCGGCUUAGAAACAUACCUUGAAUCAUAG